GUUUUAUUUUCAGAGCUACAUAAAAAAUAGUUUUUAGUUUUUUAUUAACAGUGUUGCUACUGUUGCAUAUUUCAAUGGUUACAGUUGAAAAUCCCUUAUUCAGGUUAUUGUGUUAAAGUGUUCAUACUGUAAUUGAGAGUUCAUUAUAUUUUAGAUGAGUGAUGAAAUUUAUUACAUUCAGAUAGUUACUCAUCAAAAUCUUUAAGAAUGAGUGUCUUCAAAAAAAAGCCAACUAUGAAAGAGCAGAUGCGCACAAACGAGAGGGAGCUGCGCAAGGCUGGCACUUCCGUCACAAGGAAUAGGAAUGAACUUGAGAGAGAAGAGAAGAAGUUGGAAGCGGAGAUCAAGAAGCUUGCCAAAACGCCCGGCAACCAAGAAGCCCUCCGUGUCUUGGCCAAGCAGCUUGUUCUUGUCAGAAAACAGAAGACUCGAUCCUAUGCUGCUCAGAGUCGGAUCACAGGGAUCAGCUGCCAGCAGAAGGCCAUGGGGGCAAACGUGAAGCUGGCUGAGUCCAUGAAGUCUGCCACAUCCACCAUGGCCUCCAUGAACAAGAUGAUGAACCCGCAGGCCGUGGCGCAGGAUAUGAGGAACUUUGAGAAGGCCGCUGCCCAGCUCAACAUGACGGAUGAAGUGGUUAACGACACGCUGGACGACAUCCUGAACGAGUCCGGGGACGAGGAGGAGGGCGACCAGAUCGUCCAGCAAGUCCUGGAGGAGAUCGGCAUCGAGAUGGGCAGCGCCGUGCGCGGGGCGCCUACACCCGCCGCUCACCUGCCGGGCGCUACCAAGACUUCUGACGUCAUGACGGACGACCAGCUCAUGGAGAGCUUGGCCAAGCUGAGGGCUACAUAGUGGAGCUGAGGGCUACAUAGUGGGGUGCAUGGUGUGCUGCAUGGGGGCGGGGCUACAUGGUCUUGAGAGACCCUUGUCUCCACCAGACCAUCUUCACCACACUCCAGAUCAUCACCACACCCCAGACCAUCAUCACCACACCCCAGACCAUCAUCACCACACCCCAGACCAUAAUCGAUACACUCCAUACCAUCAUCACCACCAGACCGUCAUCACCACACCCCAGACCAUCAUCGCCACACCUCAGACCUUCAUCACCACCAGAUCAUUAUCACCACCAGACCAUCAUCAUUUUCGAGUUCCAGCCCCUGAUUGUAUGGUUUGCACCCGCGAUUCUCAGGACCUCAUUUAAUUACUCGUUUACAUCAUUGCGAUAAGAGACCUCAACCCAAAUCAUGAUAAGGAAGCGUCGUUAAAAUCACAAACUCGAUGUACCAUACCAUUGUAAAUUGAAGUGAUCACUUUUAAAAUUUUGCCCGAGUUAAAAAAAAGUGAUUUCUGGCAAGAUUUAUAUUAUUGCUGUGCCUUUAUCGCGUAUGAUGCGUGGCUGCUGAAAGGCUCUUAACUGCGCCUUGUCCCCUACAGUCGCGGGAACAAAGUAACUCUGUCCUCUUGCAGCGUAGGGCGGAUGGCCUCACAAGACCAUCAAAGUGGGCCUAAUAUUAAGCCUUCCACAGCAGCCUAGCCGAUUCUUCCCCUACCAUGGAGCUGCUGAUUACAAGUAUAAUUAUUAAUGUCUAAUUUCUAAUGUAAUACAUAACACCUCUGUGAUUCCGUCUCUUUGCCGUGCGUCGUGAGAAUCAUUUGUGUGCGCGGCCCUGCACUGGCACGGCCCUGCACUGGCACGGCCCUGCACUGGCACGUCAGGCACUGGCACGGCCCUGCACUGGCACGUCAGGCACUGGCACGGCCCUGUACUGGCACGGCCCUGUACUGGCACGGCCCUGCACUGGCUUUGGUCAGCUUGUUACUGUACUGAACUAAGAUUGUGUGUAAAGGAACUGUGAUUGCGUCUUGUCUGAAUAUGUUAUAGCAAAUGACCAAGAAUUGUGAUUGACUAGGAUUUUAUAUAUUUUUCUUUUUAUUGUGAUUUUUUUCCGUAUUACAAGAAUAAAAUGCAAGAUUACUAGAA